UGCAUGCAGCCUAGUCAGUUGUGGAUUAGAUCUCCUGUACAAAUAAUCAGCACACAUUCUCGGAGGUAAUUGGUUGCCUGACUGCGAGCUUCUACCUGCGUGGCACACCGCAUCCUCUAGGAGGUUUUGUCCUGAACCAUGGGUGUGGUAGUAGCAGAUGGUAAAGGCCCAAGAGCGGAAAUCCCCGAUGGUGGCUGGGGCUGGGCCGUUCUCAUUGGCUGCUUUGUCAUCACCGGAUUCUCUUACGCUUUUCCGAAAGCCGUCAGCGUUUACUUCAAGGAACUAAUCAAGGAGUUCCAUAUUGGGUACAGUGAUACAGCAUGGAUCUCAUCCAUUGUGCUCGCCAUGUUGUAUGGAACAGGACCAAUAUCCAGUGUACUUGUCAAUCGCUUUGGUUGUCGUCCCGUGAUGAUGGUGGGAGGUUUAUUUGCAUCAGCGGGUAUGAUCCUGGGGUCACUGUGCACCAGCAUCAUCCAGAUCUACCUUACGGUUGGCGUUAUGACUGGUCUGGGUUUGGCCUUGAACUUUCAACCAUCUCUCAUCAUGAUAAACCGCUACUUUGACAAGCGCCGGCCGUUAGCUAAUGGCCUGACUGCAGCUGGGAGCCCCGUCUUUCUGUGUACCCUCUCACCGUUGGGCCAAGUACUGAUCAAGACGUACGGGUGGCGAGGGGGCUUCCUCAUCUUUGGGGGUCUGCUGCUCAACUGCUGUGCCUGUGCAGCUCUGAUGAGACCACUGCGGCCAAGCGGCAAAGAGAAACCCCAGCUGAAAGAGGAGAAGGAGACACCAGUGAAGAAGCACAAAAUGCAGCUGCUGGAUUGCUCUGUUUUCAAGAACCGAGGUUUUCUCAUUUACACCAUCGCGGCGUCCGUCAUGGUCUUUGGACUCUUUGUUCCUCCUGUCUUCGUCGUAAACUAUGCAAAAGACUUGGGAAUACCAGACACAGACGCUGCUUUCUUGUUAUCCAUCUUGGGAUUCGUCGACAUUUUCGCCCGCCCGCUCUGCGGUAUUCUCGCGGGUACAAAGUUCAUGCGCCCCCGAUGUGUAUAUUUCUUUGGCUUUGCAAUGCUCUUCAACGGGAUCACUGAUUUGGGCGGCUCCUUUGCUCACGAUUAUGUCGGACUGACAGUGUUCUGUAUUUUCUUUGGAAUGUCCUAUGGAAUGGUGGGCGCCCUGCAGUUCGAGGUGUUGAUGGCCAUUGUUGGAACCCAGCAGUUCCCCAGUGCGAUCGGACUGGUGUUGUUGAUGGAAGCCAUGGCCGUGUUGGUAGGCCCACCAGGUGCUGGGAAACUGUUGGAUUAUACAAAGGUUUACAGGUAUGUUUUUUACUUGGCUGGCACCGAGGUGCUCCUCUCGGCCCUGAUACUGACUAUCGGAAACUUUUUCUGCAUAAGUGGGAAAGCUAAACCACCUGACACUGAGCCGAAGGACGCUGUGCAAGAGGCGAGGCCAGGGGAGCUGGACCAAGAGCAGGGAACUGUGGAAUCUGUGGAAGUGGACCAGUUCCUGAAAAGCGACACGGAAGAUAAUGGGGAAAUUGUGCCGACGCCCGAAACCAGCGUAUGAAUCUCCGAAGAGGAAGAAGAGAAUGUUUACAAAAGUCAAUAAGAAAUGGAGUCUGUACAUUUAUUUAGGAAUGUGAGGUAUCUUCUUGUAUUGGUGAGAGUAGUUUAUUUAAUGGUGCAGAAUAUUUUUGUGACUUUUGUUUUAAUUUGCUGCCUUGCAUUUGUCAUUCAGUGUGUCUUUACAGAAAACGUUAUUUGAAUGUGGUCCAAUGUGGGGAUUGGAGUAUCAAAUCUACCCUGCGGUUCCACAAAGCUAUAGAAAUGGGAAAAGUGGCCAGAUGUACAACCUACUCUCUGCUAACAAUGUUGGUGACAACGGGACCCUUGUUAAGAAAUUGUCCACAAUUGAAAAUGUCCGCAGUUUACUUGGCAGGAGGAUUCCAGUUGUGAACCAGCAUGGGUCAACUAUCUUUAAAGGAAGCAGAGGUGAACCAGAUACAAAUAAGCUCCAUCUGAAGUUCUAACCUAGUGUUUUAUUUAUCAAUUAAGGAGGCAACUAAACUGCAAGUAUGUACCGAUCUUACAAGGCAAUUAAAAUAAAACUAGAACAUUUUUUUAAAUCUCCGUUAUUAGUAUUGGCUUGUUGCCAUUGAAAAAUGAUCUUGCUAUAAUUUGUGCAGGUUAACAUUCACACCACUGGAAUAUGAGAUGGAUAUAAUUACUAUUAUUAACAUGGUGAUUUUUUCACUGUAUUAAAACAAUAUUUCUGUUUCUUUCCAAAUAAGGAAUGUCUGGCUAGAUAAUUGCUUUGUGAAACCUAUAAGAUUUCUUUUGAUAGUGGCAUUCAACAUUGGGUGAUUAGAAGGGGAAGCACAAAGCAGGGUUUAACUUGGGGACUGCAUUGCUGUCAUCAAAGGCAUUCUAGUUUAAAUGUAUGAAAGGUAAGGUGAUCCUUUGAAGCACUCGUACUAUGGCAUAGCCACAUCUACAGGGAAGGUGACGACCUUUAGUUGUGGAUGAGUGUGGGGUGUGUAUGAAGAUUCUUCAGUUGGGGCAUCCAGUAUAACACAUCAGUAAAUUAUCUAAGGUACACAUAAAUGCUGGAGAAACUCAGCGGGUGCAGCAGCAUCUAUGGAGCGAAGGAAAUAGGCCACGUUUCAGGCCGAAACCCUUCUUCAGACUGAUCUAACCCACUACAGUGUCAAAGAAUGGGAUUGCCCUCAAACAUUUCAAAUUCCUAUAUCAUGUAGUAAAUUAAUUUGAGCUAAUUCCAGCAAUUUAUAGACAGAGAAACCAGACUAUCGCUGGUGGUUGUAAAGCCUUUGCGUUUCUUAAUAAAUUUAUGAGCAUCUGGUAAAAUUAGCCUUCCAGGGAGGAAGUCCCAAACCACCAUCCCUAGUUCUUGAAGAAAUGACCCCAUUGUCAGCGCAUCCUGGAGGAUGCAAUAAACCACAAGGCAAAACACAAAGUGCUGGAUCAGCGGAGGGAAUGGACACGUGCUGUUUCAAGGGUUGGGACCAUCGGUCAGUCUAUUCCGGCCACAAAUAUUGCCCGAUCGACUGAGUUCUUCCAGUAUUUUAUGUUUUGCUCAAAAUUCCAGUGUCUGCAGUUUCUUGUCGCCUGAGCAACAAACUCUAUGGUGCUGUAUCUGACCCCCUUGUCCAUUCCAUUCUGGGACACCUUAUUUAAAAUGGCUAGAAGUGAAAACGAGUAAUGCUAUUAAUGUUCUGAGAUUGACUGUUUCUAAAAUGCUCUGAAGAUAGUUGUAUCAAAGAGACUCUUUACGUAUACCUUUCUUCUUGGGUGCUUUAAAACAUUUGACAUAUUCUCAGACUGGUGGAAGUGGUGGUCUUGCAUGAUUCCAAUUCCUGAACAGCUGUUUAGAAACUUUUAAAAAAUAUAUAUAUUUCUAAAAUUAAAUGCUCCAAAUCUGCCAAAUAUGAUUUAACACCUUUUUUAAACUUGU